UUUCAAGCGGAUUAGUAUUAGAGGUCGGAUUAUUAAAAAAUAAUCGAAAGGCGGGAUUAUUUUGGGCGGGCAAAUGUCGGAUUAUUCUAAAUAAUUUUUCUAUUUUAUAUUGUUGACGCACGUAUUGCGUGUGAUUGCAGUGAUAAAAUGAAAACUCUUCGUUGUACACUUGUACUAAAAAAUAAGAUAGUUAAAAUCUUACAGAGGAUGAAGGUUCCUUGGUCUCAUCUAUCAUUUGAUCCAAGAUAAUCUUUUAAUAUAAAAGAUAUUCUUAUAAAUUCAUCAUUUUUUUCUUUCUCAGUCGAAUAUUCAUCUUAUAUUAAAGACUGAGAAAACCAAUAUCCCAUAUUAUCUUUCAAAGAAAAAAAAAUAACAAAAAAGUUGAGUGAUAGUGAAAUAGCUGUGUUUUACAUAUAUGCCUAAUAUAUCCCCUUAUUCUUAGUUUUUUCUUUUAUUCAUUCAUAUAUGCUGCCAUCAUAGUUUCCUUAAAAAAAAAACAGAAACCAAAAUUCUCUCAAAUAGGGAUAUGAAUUCCGAAAAACUGCAACAACAAAACAAUGGUUAUUGGAUACCAAUAACCCCAGAAAAGCCACAAUCGACCCUCAAAAACGAUUCUACUAGCAAUGUGACACCAUAUCCAGAGGCUCUUGGCUCAGUUAAUGGUGCAACUGUUGAAGCAAAUCAAUUAAGAUUUCAACACAAUGCUACUACGAGCAUUGAUCCUGAUGUGGAGCAAAAUUCGAAAAACAAAAGGAGAAAACUUGGCAAUGGCAAAGACUUAAACAGGAAGCCCGGGGAGAAGCGGAAAAAUAAAUAUUUUUGGGCAAAAAUCGACAAUAAAAAGGUGCAAACUCCUAAGCCAAAAACUCCUAAACCAGUUACUCCUAAGCCUAAGACUCCAAGAACUCCUAAGCCUAAAACUCCUAAGCCAAUAACAAAGAAAGAUGUGAAGAACAACAAGGAAGGAGGUAAAGUCGUGCUUGAACAUACUCGACCUGAAACUGAAACUGAAACAGAAACAGUUUUAAACUGUAAACGAGCAUUGGAUUUUGACAUCAACAUUGUCAAUUUAGAGGACGAGGCUGGUAAAGUAAUUGAAAGCCAAAUACCCGGUGUUACUGAGCAAGUUUCCAAUGUGGUGGAAAAGGUGGAAUGUUUGGAAAAGGAAAGUUCGAGUAAGAAGGAUCAUUCUUGUGAUGGUAAAAAGAAGCAAGAAGGUUUGAGAGUUUAUGGAAGGAGGUAUUCUUGUAAAUGUUUGAGUGAAAGUCGAAAGAUAGGGCCUAAUGUUAUGUACACUCUUAAGAAGAAGAGAAUAGGGAGAAAAAAGAAGUCAAUUGAAAGAAUUAAACUUGAUCAUAGCUUCAUCAUUGAGGAUAACAAAAGUUUGUUGUUGCCAGCAAAGUUGAAGAUUGUUGAUGACGAGUCUUUUGGGUGUGUUUUAAGUUUGCUUUCUUCGCAAAUGAAGUUCAAACAGGGGAAGAGAUCAAUAAAAAAAUUGCCUUUAUCUCGCAAUGUUUCAAAAGAGAGUGUUUCAAAACAAAGGAGCAUUGGCAAUGAUGGGCAAGGGGUUUCGAAACAAACGAGCAUUGUAAUUGAUGGACAGAGUGUUUCACAAGGACAAAUACAUGAAAGAAUCUUACAAUCUGCUCUUUGCUCAACUCCGGAGAGUAAAACAAAGGCAGCAAAGGAGAAGAAAACAAGAGCUCCUUAUAAACGCAAGGAAAAGCCUAAAGCUCCGGAGAGUGAAACAAAGGAAGCAAAGGAGAAGGGAACAAGAGGUCCUUAUAAACGCAAGGACAAGCAUAAAGCUUGUUUCGUCGAGCUUCAAAAAUGGAAUGGAAGGUCAGUGGAGCAAAUAAUGGAUUCCUUAGUAGAAUACUAUGAAUCUAUGAAUAUCUAUGAUGACCCUAAGUCGAUCGAGUUGAGUAUAAUGGUAAGGGAAGGAAAUCCUGAAGGUGAUGGUACUCAAAAACCUGAUGAAGAAGACGACGAAUUCCGUCAAGAAAAAGCAUUUAUAGAAGCAAAGAUGGAUAGAUUCUAUUAUCUAAUGACUCAACUACAAGGGCCUAAGGAUUAUGUAAAAUGGAAUGGUUCUGUUUUAGACUCGGUUGUUGGUGUUUUUCUUACACAAAAUGUAUCCGAUGUUCUCUCAGGGAGUGCAUACAUGGAAUUGGCUUCGCGAUAUCCUAUAAAACAACGAACCAAUGAAGAUGAGGAUAGUGGUGGAGAUGUAUCUACCUCAAGCAGCCAAGAGUCUACGGAUAGUAGCAACGUAAAGGGCCCGAUCAUCGAGUAUCCUGAUGACCAAGAAGAAGCAAAUCCAACUGAAACAGAACAAGAAGAGUCAUGGAAGAAGGAAUAUGACAGUGCUAUGAAGGAAAUGCUAGCAUCUUUGCCUAGUUUUAAAGGCAAAGAAAAGAAAGGUGAAGGUGCUGAAAGCUUUGAUUGGGAUUCGAUACGAUUGCAAUUCCUAGGAAAGAGUACUGAAAGAAGCCCUGAGACACAAGAUUCUGUUGAUUGGGAAGCAGUAAGGAAGGCGCCGAUAGAGGACAUUGCUAAAGCAAUUGAAAAGAGAGGCCAACAUACCAUUAUUGGAAAAAAGAUUCAGAGGAUGCUCAAUCGACUUGUUGAAAAGCAUGGUACUAUGGAUCUUGAAUGGUUGCGUGAAGCUCCAUUUGCAAUAGCAAAGGCAUAUUUGUCAAGUUUCUAUGGACUUGGGUUGAAAAGUGUUGAAUGCUUGCGACUUUUGACGCUUGGUCACGAUGCCUUUCCUGUUGAUGUGAAUAUUGCUCGAAUUGCAGUGCGUUUAGGCUGGGUUCCUCUCAGUAAACUGCCUGAUGAAAUUCCCUUUCAUCUUAUUGACAAGUACCCAAAUUUUGAUGACAUUCAAAGAUAUCUUUGGCCCAGAAUAGACCAUAUGGACAAACAAAAAUUGUAUAAAAUUCAUUAUCAAGCGAUUACAUUCGGGAAGGUUUUUUGCAUGAAGAACAAUCCCAAUUGUAGAGCAUGUCCAUUCAAAAAUGAAUGCAAGUAUUACCAAAGUCUUGUAGAAAGUGAAAAAAAGAAUACUAUUCGUUUGCCUUGGGUAAAGUCGAAAAAGAGUUCAAAAAAGAUGAUUAAGAACAUUCCAAAUCCUUUUGACAUCAAAAGAGAAUAUUCUAAAUCUCAGUUCAUAAUGUCAUCGACUUAUGAUUCAUCUUUAUACAAGCCUUUGCAUUUUCCGAUGUUACAUCGUAAUUUAGAUUCCGAUGUUCAGAGAACAACUCAAUCCCCUAUUGUUGAGUUUCCGUCCUCUCCAAAGAACAUUGAAGAAUCGGAAUUACCUGACAUCGAAGAUUUAUUUAAGAAUGGUGAAGAGGUGGAAGAUGAAUUUAUAGUCGUUGAUAUUGGUACGUCUAAGCAUACAUCAUCAAACCAAAUAGUAAAGGCUACAAUAAUGUCACCUGAUUUAUUGUUAAGAGCCUUAAUUAGCUUACCUCAAGAUGAUUAUAUUCCUUUACCAAAGCAAGUUGUUCAAGUUCGAUUGAGAACGGAGCAUCAAGUAUAUGAAUUGCCAUAUAAUCAUCCCUUGUUACAAAAUUUUGAGAGACAAAUAGGGAACAUUCCUUACCUUCUCGCCGUAUGGACACAAGGUCAAAAUAUAAAGAUGAGCGGUAAUUUAGAAGGAUCAUCUGAUCAUGUGGAAAAUGAGUGUUCAACUGACAAAGUUUUUGAUGAAUCUUCGACAGUGUUAGGAACAAUAUUGAUUCCUGUUCGAACAGCAAUGAGGGAAUCUUUUCCACUCAAUGGUACCUAUUUUCAAAUUAAUGAGGUUUUUGCUGAUGAUGAAACUACUCAAUGUCCGAUUAAAGUUCCUACAAGUUUAAUAUGGAUGUUAGAGAAACGAACUCUAUAUUGUGGAUCUAGUACAUCAGCAAUAUUUAAAGGUUUAUUAGUGAAGGAGAUCCAACAAUGCUGUUGGAAAGGUUAUAUUUGUACAAGGGGGUUUAAUCGGCAAACUCGAGCACCAAAGCCAUUAUUACCCAAAUUUCAUAAUCGCUCACAAGUUAAGGGGAAAUUGCAACAAGAAGAUGAAGAAGAUUAUAUAUAAUAUGGAGCUGAGUACAUUUGUAUGAUAACUAAAGUUGCAUGUGUCUUUUCUUAUCAUCUUAUGUUGUAAACAUUUAUUUAUCAAUUAUUUGUAAAUAGCAUAUUGUAUAGUAUAAAUGCUUUUAAAGUUUUAAUUCAUUAGAAAUUUAGAAUUAGAAAGGAAAAAAAAAUUCAUAUAUUUAGCCACUAAUUAAUCUAGCAAUUCACU